GUUCCUCAUUCCCUACUCUUCUUCGGUUCCUCAUUCUUCACUUCCAUCUCAUCUUCGGAAAUUCUAUUUUCAUUUUAUGUAUCGAACAAUGGCGGAAGGAGGAAAAGACGCAGAAUUGCAGAAGAAUCUGCUUCACCAGCAUGAAGAGAAGCAUUUCAUGGCGGGAGAGAUCGUGAGAGACAUCAUCAUGGGCGUCUCCGAUGGUCUCACCGUCCCCUUCGCUCUUGCCGCCGGUCUUUCCGGUGCCAACGCUCCUUCCUCCAUCAUCCUCACCGCCGGUCUUGCUGAAGUUGCCGCCGGUGCCAUCUCCAUGGGGCUUGGAGGGUAUCUUGCCGCGAAAAGCGAGGCCGAUCAUUACUUUAGGGAACAGAAGAGAGAGGAAGAUGAGAUCAUUAAACUCCCUGAUACAGAGGCGGCGGAGGUGGCGGAGAUACUGGCGCAGUACGGGCUGGAGCCUCAUGAGUAUGGACCCGUCGUAAACGCACUUCGGCAGAAGCCUCAGGCGUGGCUUGAGUUCAUGAUGAAGUUUGAGCUGGGAUUGGAGAAGCCAGACCCAAAGAGAGCCUUACAGAGUGCACUAACUAUCGCCAUCGCCUACAUCGUGGGAGGAAUCGCUCCCCUGCUACCUUACAUGUUCAUACCCAUAGCCAGCAAAGCGACAUUGGCAUCCGUCGGCCUAACUUUAGUUGCAUUGUUAUUCUUCGGUUACACGAAGGCCCACUUCACAGGUAACAAGCCCUUCCAAAGCGCCUUACAAACAGCAUUAGUGGGUGCCAUUGCCUCUGCUGCUGCUUAUGGAAUGGCUAAGGCAGUAGCAUGAUCAAUGUGGAGGAAUAUUGGAAAUGGGUUCUGUCUUAGGAAUUAGUUGUAUUUUCUCUUGUAUGAUAUGCUUCCAUAAAUGUAAGUUUGAUACUAAGAAAUAAGUAUGUUGGUUUGAUUUAUUGAUGAAAAAUUAGUAUUUGAUAA